AUGAGAAUCCAUGACCCAACUGCUAGAUAUGAAGCUGCUCAAGGUCAGCCAGAAGCGUUGAACAUGGGACCAUCAUUAUCGCAAGGAUUUCCUCAACAUAUUCCAGAAUCAUUAUUACAACAAAAUAUGAACAACAACUGCCAGGACCAGACAUCAGCAUUGCUUAUGUUUCUAAUUGGAGAUUCAAUGCAGAACGAGCCAAAUAUAGCACCCUUUUUUGACAAAAAACAACCUCAAGAGAAUCUUGAAUCAAAACAAUCACCAGAAAAAAAAAAGCGAUCUCAAGUAAGAAAUGCUUGUGUAAAUUGUCAGAAGUCAAAUAAGAAGUGUGACGAGGCACGUCCAUGUAGUCGCUGUAUUAAACAUAAUUUAUUUGAUUCAUGCAUAAAUUCAAAACGAAAGAAACGGCAAAAAGGCAUCAAACGUGGCCCUUAUAAACGCCGUAAUAAGAUCACGCAAGACAAAGCAGAGACAAUGCAACCAAUGCAUACGAUGAUACCGAUGUUUGAAGCACAGCCGACACCACCUGAAAUUGAUAAUUAUUUGCCAGAAUUUACAAAUCAUCCAUUGUAUGACUUUAAUCCACUGUCCAGGUUUUACAUGCAGACGUUGCCAAUGCCUCCAUUGGAUACUCCUGUAACAUAUUCGAACAUGCCUUUGUAUGAAGAUGGAACGGCGGCAUCGCCUACAGUAUUAAUUGAUCCAUUUACCCGGUAUCCAGUGAAAAAUAUAGAAAAUACACAAGGGAUAAUGCCCACUUUGCUAGAUAAUGGACCACUUAACUGUACAAUGGACCAUUUACUUGAAAACCAACCAGAAACAUCUUAUCGACCGCUAUCAGUAAGCCAUGAGACAGAUCUGGGGGCAUUGGCAUCUCUUUGUGCAGCUGUAUUAGGAGAAGAAUAA